UUAAAUUUGAAUUGUUUUCAAAACUUAGCGUUCAUUACAAACACAACACGUGUUUUGAUCGCAAUUUAUAAAUUGUUUUCAAUAAUUAAAUGAUAGUUUAUUUCCAGCGAUUAUCUCGUGAUAAGCUGUGUAUGGGUUGAGAGGGCCCUCCUUUUGGUCCCCUUAACGCAAACCUCUUUAAUAUUUCAAUUUCUGGAUUAAAGUGAACACAAAUUUGUGGAAAUUUUAAAUUUUAGUCAUUUUGAAGAUUAAUUGAUUGAAUAAUAAGACAAUUGAAUUGAAGGCAGAAAUGGAGGAAAUGAGAAGAUAUGCCACAAUUGGUGAACACGAGAUCAAUAAUACCACAACCACUGACUUUCCAUCUAAUUAUCGAGGAUUUGAUGACAAAUGGGAUUUCAAUCUGAUUAAUUACUUAAAGGAUCUGAAGAUUGAGAUAAUCCGUAGCGAAGAGAAUGAGAUGGAGUUUGAUUUAAUAGGAGUGGACUGUUCUCUGGCCAAUGCCUUCAGGAGAAUACUUAUAGCGGAAGUGCCGACAAUGGCUAUCGAGAAAGUCUUCAUUAACAACAACACCAGUCUAUUGCAGGACGAGUUCUUAGCGCACAGACUGGGACUCAUUCCCAUCAAAGCUGAUCCGCGAUUCUUUGAAUACAGACAAGAAGGUGAUACAAAGGGUACGCCUCAGGACACGAUUGUCUUCAAUCUUUGCGUCAAAUGUGUUAAAAACAAGAGCGCGACGUCU